AUGCCCGGUCAGACUGCGGAGCCGUUGCCAGGGUGUCUCCAUAGCAACCGGAUCAACAGCACCCACGGAGAACCCCGCCGGCCUUCGGUCAGGGCGGGAGCGCGGCCCGGAGGCAGAGGGAUGUCUUUCUUUGGGCUGUAUCACCUGGGUUACCAAAAGCCAAUAGGAGCCAAGCGGAUUAUCGGGGACCUGGGAGCCCAGAUGGGGAACCAGGGCUGCAAGUCACCGGGCACCCCCAAGUUGCCUCCAAUCGCCCCCAGAGAUGAGGACCGCUCCCAGCACCAAGGCAGCCUUGAUGCGUACAAGAGGCUUGUCCGGAAGAGGCAGCUCAAAAAGUUUCCCAAUCAGGUCUUCAGGAUCCCAGUGACCGAAGGCCAGAACUACAGCUUCUGGUGGAAGCAGGAUCCAGCGGGGCGAUGGGAGAGGGCGGGAAUGCAGUGGACUCACACUCCUGCCCACCCACUCAUCAAGAGUCCCAUUACCAGAUUUGUGGAUCACAUGCUGUUGACCGACGGAACCUUCUACCUCUUUUGAAGCAGGCCGGAGGGGGCAGGGGAUUGCAGCCCCUUGAGGAUGGGGCCCCGGGGGGGCGGGGGGGGAGGCCUGGAAUAAACAGGUUUAUUUAAGAGAAACAGCA